AUGCCUGAGUCAGCUGAAGCUGUAGCAGCCGAUGUGAGCAGCAGGAGAAGUGUCACCAUUGAAAUCGGAAAUAUGACCAAUAACUACUGCCUCAUUAACCCCAGGGUGUACCUUGACAAUGGGGAGACAUACAACCCACCUCAACCCACAGUGCGCCCUCUAAAGAGCGAGGUCUGCACUUUCACCAAGUCCAGCGGCAAAGCAACCGGCAGCAUCGGUGUGCUGACCUACGACCUUUUCGAGAGGUCACAGAACGACUUCAUUGAGACUCUGGCCAUCAUGUUCUCAAUUCCCUGGGACUACCACCUGUACAAAAAUUGGUUCGCAGUUGGCAUCUAUAAAAAGGGGCGGACCUGUGAUGAGAAGUUGUUCAAAGAAAUGUACUAUGAGAAGAAAGAGAAGGAGCAUGGGUUUGUCAGGGGGGAAGCCAAUGGAUCAGGAAUCAAUUACGUGGGCCAAUACCUAGAUAUCAAGGCCACAAUGGGUCCUCUGGCCAAAGCUGUCAUGAAGGUGGAGGUGUGGGAUAAGCUUUUCACGCCCCUGGGCCAGCAGUCGUACUAG